GCUAAAGGAUGCAACAACCAGUUUGUGAUUAUUCUCUGGAACUGGAUGAAGAAACUUACCUCAAAGCAGAAUGUCAUCUAAACAAGAAGAUUGACCCACAUGAAGAGAAUGUUGAUUUGUCAGGAAACAGUGACUCAGAAAGUGACAUCUUCCAGCCCUGCGAAACAAGGGCUAUCUCAAUUGGUAUGGACUGUAAAAUGUCACCAGUUGGCUGCAUCCAGAGAAGAAGUUGCAGUGAGCCUCCAAUCCUGCUAAAGGUUCCAUCAAAGGAGCACGAGGAAAGCUACAGUGCAGCUUUCCAGUUUGACAGGCAUGCUCCAGGCAGAAUUUCCACCUCCCCAACGCUAAGGCGGUUAAGAAAUAACGUGGCCUCCGUCUCACAAGCUUCAGGACUUCAGGAGUGCUUUGAUGGCACUAGGUUGGGAAGCCAGAGGGAGCACGCUGGUUCACUGCGGCAUAUUUGUAAAAGUCCACCUCGGUGUACUAUGUACUAUUCCUCUUCCUCAUUUUCAUUACCCUCCUGCAUUCAUGAAAAAUUGCUGUCUUCCAAAGAAAACUCUGAAACUCCAUUAGCUGCUUUGGAGACUUUUGACCUCAAAUCAAAGCUACCACAUCGAAAAGAUCAGCUCAGCAAUGGUAGUUCUGAACCAGUGUUUCAAAAAGUGUGGACGGUCAACACUGCUACCUUGCCUGGGAGAGAACAAGUUUCCCAGCUUAACACUACUCAGCAGGCAUGUGCUCAGAAAAAGGAACUACUUAUAUCAAGUUCAUGUAGAUCAGCAGAACGCAGACGUAGCUCUGUGGUGGUAAGCUUGCCCGGACUUGAAGUGUUCCCUGGAGACCUCCUAGUGUCAGACGAUGCUGCUGACUACCUGCAACGCUCAUCAUUGCUGUUAAAUGCAGAGUCCAAAAAACCAAGGUGGCCGUUCGCCAGAAAAGGAGCUAGUAAAGACAAACAAAAACAAAUGUCUGAUCUGAAAAACUGUCUUUCAACCAUUAAGAUCACAGACUGCAGUGGAUACGAGUUUCACAGUUUUAAGAAUAAAACUUGGCAUGAAAUGAUAACGACUCAACAGACUGAGGAGAAAGACACUGAUGAUCCAUUAGAAAUGAGGAAAGAAGAAGCUAUGUGGGAACUUUUUACAAGUGAAUGCAGUUACUUUCUGGAUCGCUUACUGGUUCUCAAGAUGAUAUUUGUGAAUACGCUAAAAUACCUGCAAAACAAUGAGUUCCUCGUGGAUGUGGAUUUGUGGGGACUUUUUGCAAACUUGGAGGAGUUAAACCAGGUGAGUCUCAGUUUUGUGACUGAUUUUUUCAAAAUUAUAAAGGACCAUGUCACUGCAUCUGAAUCCUCCCUGGAUUUCAUCUCUGUACUCACAAAGUAUUUUCAAGGUAACCUCUGCCAGACACACCAGAUUUACUGCCUUCAUUACACCUCAGCCAUCUUUUACUUGGAGAACCUAAGGCAGAGAGAAGAUUUUGGAAUCUAUCUGAAAUGGUGUGAACAAAAUGAACAGUGCAAACGACUACAUCUGCCAGAACUGCUGGUGGCUCCUUUACACAGACUGACCCGAUAUCCCCUCCUCCUUAACAACAUCUGGAAGAGAAGCACUGAUGCAGCACAGAAAGCCACCAUCCUCUCUAUUAAGGAAAAGGUGGAAAAGUCCUUACGAGAUCUUGAAGGUAAAGUAAAAUGGCUGGACAAUUUUCAGAAAUUUAGGCAGCUGCAAGAGGUUAUAAUUUGGCCUCCACUUUGGGAUCGUGACAAAAAGUUCUCUCUCCCAGAGUGUCUGAAACAUAUUUUAAGAGAAAACAUGAGUGAAAACAUCUUGUCUUCCUCAAACAGACAGCUUCUUCAUGAAGGGAGGUUAACUCUUGCAGAAAGUACAAGGAUCCUUGAUGUCUACCUCUUUCUAUUCAAUGAUUUCCUAUUAAUUACCAAAACUAAACGUAACAAAAAGAAAUACGGGGGCUCAGACAUUGGUUUAAUACCUGUAUGCCCUUCCUUUUCUCCUGAGCUGCAGUCUUUGGUAAAAGAUGGUGGUUCUUGUACAGUCCUGGACCAGCCCAUUCCACUAGACAGACUGACACUCAAAAAUAUUGAUCCAUUCCAUGUGACAGUCCUUGGGCUGCAAAAUGCUUUUGUAAUACAACAUGAAAAUAGAUAUCAACAGUGCAUCGGAGUCUUCUUACUACAAGCACAAACAGAGACGGUCAAAAAAACAUGGAUGUCAGAGAUAGAAACUGCGGUCUCCAAUUAUGCCAACGGACACGAAACUCAGAAAAGCUCCUUUUUCUGUUUGCUAUCUGAAUCCUCUGAAAUUUAAUUGUGUAAAUGCAAAAUUGACAGAUCCAUUUUGAAGCCAGUUUACAUGGUGGUAGCAAAAUGAUUUCUUUUAACAAUCCUUGUUAGUUUCUGGUAACAAUGGCCCUAUGACCUGACUGGUUGGGGGCUGGGCAUGGUGCAUCUUGGCCAAAAUGGAGCUAGAAAUAAAACAGACAAGGUGGGAUAGUGAGCUCAGUGGAACAACUUAAUCAUUCUUGGGUGCCCUCUAGCUUCUCUCAGAGGAAGGCUCUGGCCCAGGGGCAGGCAAACUUUUUGGCCUGAGGGCCGUAUCGGGUUUCGGAAAUUGUAUGGAGGGCCAGGUAAA